AUGGAAGGGAUGGAGCCCACACCCUCGAAAAUUGAGGAUCCCUCUGCCAUCGAGGGUCUCAUAUUUGAGCCGAGCCAAGUUCAACUAGCCCUAGACCCAUCACCUACUCCCCCAACUGCCGGAGACAUUGUGGUGCCGGAUGAUCCAUGCAACCUUUUCCUGUCAAGGUUGAAGUUGAAGGUGGUGAUGAGGGUCAUCUGGAAUGAAAUCAUUGAGUUCUGGGUAACAUCUAUUGAUGUCUGGGUAACUAAUAUUGAGUUCUGGGUAUUUCAUAAAUUGAACAAAUCACCAAGUACCGAGUACCAAGUUCCAGACACCGAGUUCUGGGCAUUGAGUUCCAGGCAUUGA